GUCACCUGGAAGAGCUGAAACGUGUUACAACUAAUAAACUAAAAGAUUGUUUUACAAAAAAAAAUAUUAAUAAGAGCUCAGGUUAAACUCACACUCUUAUAACAGUAAAUACACACACACACAUGUCUACGUCAAGAUGGCUGCUGUCACCUACAUCUGAUCGGAGGUGUGCGGUUCCAGCAAGUUUUCACGUUAGUUUUUAAAUACAGGACGUCAUCAGGUCUUAUAAAUUACAUCAGUGGGUGUGUGAAGAAGAAUUUAAACCAAAAAGGAAUGUUUCGUGUGAAUUCCAUGAAUGUAUAUAUUGUCGCGGCCGCUGGCGGCACGCAUUAGACCACUAUGUUCAGUAAAAAACUUCAUGUAGACGUCAAAAAAUCGACGCUAAAGAUACAAGAUGUGAAGAAAGACAGUGCCACAAGAUUCAAGCAUCUCAAGAUUGUUUUAGACAAUGUCGAUAUUGAUGAAGCAAAAGGAUUUUUCGAAGGAAAUUUUAGUCAUGUUUAUUUUAUCCUUUACGAUUGUUUUGUCGCAGCAGAGGCAAAUUUGCGACAAAGAGUUCACAAAGCACAUAGAGAGGAAUUGGAGCAGGUUCUUCAGCUGUUGGAAAAAGUUUUAACUUUACUACCAGAACUAUUAAAUAAAAGAUGGCAAUGUCAUAGUUUAGCUAGAAUUUUACAUAAACUUCUCCACCCCGGAAACAGUUGGAAACUUAGACGACAAGCUUUGAGGUAUUUCAUUCUGUGGUAUCAAGCACUUGGAGAAAAUGCACCAGAACACAUUCAUCAAAUGUUUGCGUGCCUGGUGCCUGGCUUUCCACCUCGUCAACCUUCACCACAUCGGUCAGAACGACGAAAAGAUAAAACGAAUUCUAAUAUUACGGAAGAAAAAGAAAAACGUGAAUUUUUUGAAACUCAAUAUUCAAAUGCUAUUUUCCAUUGUAAUGCACAACAAGGGCCAGUUACUCAACCAAAUGGCACACCAAUUCUUCCUGUCCAAAGUGGUGAAAAACCUUUAGAUAACGAGACUGUUAGAUUUUUUGAAGCGUUACUUGAAUUUAUGGUCACUCAAGUUGUCAAAGUUGAAUGGAGAGAUAAACACACCCGACAACAUAAAUGUUUUCAAUUUCUUUUGGAACGUUUUAAAUCUACAUACCUACGGCAUAUUUGUCCGGAAUUUGAUGAUAAUUUUUCUCUGUACAAACCAAAUUUAGAGCUUCCAGUUAUGCGACAGCCAUUAAAUAAUAGUCAGAGUAAUUACGCUUUAUGCAAAGUUGCUUUAAUAAAAUGGUUAGCAAGUUUUACUCACAUUACGAAGAAAGAUGGGCUUUUUAUAAGUCCUACUCAAAAUAUGAGUCCAAAUGAAGAAAAUAAUGAUGGUGGAACCGAAGGAAAACGAAUUUCUAUUGGUCAAAAUGCUGAUUCUAAUUCUUUAUCACCUGAAAUUUCUACUAAUCAUCAAGAAAAUCAAACCCAAGAUGAUGGGCAAAUGGCUGUUAUGUUAGUUCGUGAAGUUUUAUACGGUAGCCGUGAUAACGUUAAUUUUGUACAUGAAAUUUAUAGACAAGCUUUUUUGUUAGAUUUUACACAUGCUGGUGCAAUAAGAAAAGCUAUUGCUGUAUAUAAAGAUUGGAUUCAAAUGAAUGAAAUUCCACCUUUUAUGCUAGAACCAUUAGAUAGUCAUAAAGACCGGGAUAAUGAAAAUGCAAAAGAUACUAGUGAUACUGACAAAAGCCCAUCAGAUAGUUAUCGUCAAAUAAGAUUACGAAACGAUUCAUAUUUAGGAGCUAUUCAUCGUGAAAAUUUAUUUGUGAGAGCUGGCUUACAAAAUGUCUUACAGGUGUUCAUAACUCAAGCAUCAAACGUAUUUUUCUUAGAGAAUAUCGGCGGUAAUGCUUCAGCAGCACUUCUUGAAGAACAGAUUGAUAGCUGUAAAAGAGUAUUGAAUGUUUAUCGGUAUGUCGUAAUGCAUGCAAGAUUAGAACCUCCAACUUGGGACCAAUUACUUCGGGUAUUAUUACAAAUAACAUCACUGGUGCUUGGAGGUAAAUCAUCACGACGCAAAAAUAGUGACAGUAUUGGUGGAAAACUUGCUCCUGCUAUUUUUCAAACCCUCAUUGUCACGUGGAUUAAAGCUAACCUGAAUGUUGUUAUAGUAACUCAACUUUGGGAUCAAUUUCUUGAAGUUCUAACAUCUUUAACUCAAUGGGAAGAGUUAAUACGUGAAUGGGCUAAAACAUUAGAUACAUUAACGAGGGUACUGGCGCGACACGUUUAUAAUUUAGAUCUUAAUGACUUACCUCUUGAUAGAUUGAGUGAACAAAAAUCAAAAAAACGUCGUGGCGUAGGAUGUCGUGCUGCAUCAGCAAGCAGUGUUCAAUCUCCCCGUAGAGGAAGCAUAGACCGUGAAACUAAUAACACUUGCAAAGAAAGUGUUCCUGAUAAUGUAUCCAGAGAAUUUCGAAAACAUCGACCACUUCCACGGAGUUCAAGUGAUAAUAGUUUAUACAAUGCAAAACAUCGUGCAAAAUUACAACGAAAUCGAGCUCAAGUAGCUCAUUUCGAAAUACCUGCACAAUCCAUUUCAUCGCGUGCAGUACUACCGUUGUCAAUAGACCGAGAUAUGGCCAAACUGGUAUCAUCUAAUGGAAAUAGCAACGGUGAUGAGCGUGUUCGAACUACAGUUAGUGGACGAAGAAGAACUUUAGCAGGAAGACGAACUAAAUCACUGGACAGCGUCGUCAUAGCUGACAGCGAACCAACAACACCACGUUGUCCAUCGCCAACUCCAAGUAGUGGCGUUGACAGUAAUAAAGAUAGUCCAAUUCAAAUUGAAAAUAUCGAUGGAAGUAGUAUUGAUACAAAUGAUGCAUCAGAAAGAAGAUCAGUCAUGGCUGGUGGUGGAGUACGAGGUUGGUUGCCAGACGUAGCUGUUGUUUUAUGGAGACGUAUGUUAUCAGCUCUUGGCGAUGUUAACAAUAUUCAAGAUCCUGUGUUACACGGUCAAGUUAUGGAUUAUCUUGUUCAGCUUACUCAAACUCUCAUUAAAAUACGCUUGAAUCAAGGCGUUUCAGGUGAUAAUCAAGUUACUCCACCGGCUCCAGAACUUAUUCCACCUCUGACUGUAAUUGCACCUUGGUGUUUCAAGGCUAUUCAACUGCCAUCCCGUUUUGAAAUUGGAAAGCUUGCAGCUUAUCGACUAAUUUGUUUACUGACUACACAACCUCCGGACAUAAAUUUACCAAAAGCUCAUUUAACAUUAUUCUAUCAUGCAGUUCAUCAUGGAAUUAUGAGUAAUGAUAUCAAGGUCAUGUAUGCGCUAGUGAAAUAUACAGGACCUAGGUUAUUUAGCCUCAAUUUACCUGGAUCAAGUCUUCUUCUCAUGGACUACGUACAUGCGGCGAGUUUAAUUUUAGGUAGUAAAGAUGUUGAAGCUCCAAGGACGGAAGCAGUUUCUAUUCUUGGAUCAUUGCUAUCUUUGCCAGUUGCACAAGGAAAAUUACCAGUACUUCAACCUAAUGGAUCUAACAUCGAAACAAUAACAUGUCCUGAUACUAAAGAACUCAUUUUGACAAUUCUUCUGAGAAGUUGUCGAAGAGAACCAACGGGCAUUGCACGAUGUAUUGCGCUUUCAAGUAUUGCAAUGUUUGCCUACAAAGAAUUGUGUAUUAAGUCACAUCAUCCUCGAGUUCCUGAAGCCGUAAAUGUGCUCCUUCAAGCUCUCAAAAGAGUCCACAGGGCUGGCAGACGCAGGGAGCAGUUUCAUGCACUCUUUCCGUAUCAGGCAACCCAUCCAUCUAUAGCACAAGUAGCAUGUGAUUCUCUUGGAUUACUUUGUGAUAAAUCGGACGUUCUUUUGGAAUUAUAUCCAAAAGUUCCAUGCAAAAUAAUUCAGGUCCUUUCAGAAACUUUAGAUACGAUGAGUAUCAGAGAGCGGCGUAGUGCUUUAACUACGUCCAUGUUAUUUUGUUUAGGCGAGUGGGCCAUGCAUUUAGGUCCUAAGAUACUAUUAACUACAUUCCAAGGAAAAUCACUGCUAUUAACACUUUUUACCGUUCUGGAUAAUAUUAUGAAAAAUAAAUCGGAUAAAAUUAAUUCAGAUUCAAGAAGUUUUCGUCAUUCAAAUGAUGAAGAAGAUUAUUUUGAUCCUGAUAUUACUGUCGAUGAUUUGGGAAAAGAGGCUAACAAUAGCAAAUCACCGAGAAAAGCUAAUAUUCAAGAUAUACAAUUAGCUGCUAAAAUGGUGAUAAUGCAUUUAAUUAAUUAUUUAGGACAUUUCCCCAUGGGAAUCGGAGCAGCUAGACUAUCGUCAACUGUAGUUGAGUUAGAUGAUGUACCUGGCAUAGAUGGUGAUGAACUUUCAUCUGCUAUUUUCCAUGCACCAAAUAUUCAACUUUUAAUGCUGUCAAAUUCUAUUAUCAUGUCAUUUGUGGAACUUGGAGCAUUAGAUCCAUCAGAAUUAACAACAGGCUUUGUAACAGCUCCAUCAAUUGUUCGAGUUUUAUUGCGUGAUUUAGCAGGAAAGGCAUGUUGGGAUAGUUCAAUAUUGUAUAAUCAGCUUUGUAAUAGUAAAGAAACAGAAGUUUUAACACAUAAGCAUAAUGAUUGGAUUCCCUCGUCUCAUGAAGAUAACAAAGACGAUUCAAUUAAUAUUUUAUCCAAUCAAUCGUUUCCUCGUCAUGUAAUGAGACAUCGAGAGCCAAAUAUUUUACCUACAUUUGCAAAUGCUGCAAGUGACAUGGACAACCUUGACGAUCUUCUGCGAUAUAUCGGGCAUACAAGUCCUGAAGUUUUAAUGAAUCCAGAGGUGGCAUUAAAUUCUCCUGCAAAUCCACCACAAGUACACUGUUUUGAAAAUGAAACUAUUGCAGCUAUUUUGAAUCAACGCAAUGCUGCACGUGAAUACGUUCAUAAUUGGAAUCAACAUAUCAGUACUUCUGGAGUCGUUGCAAAUCCACCAGCAUGCCACCCUCCACCAGCCCCAUUUCAUCACUGUCGACUUCUAUUUUCCCAUUUGGGCCUUUCAGGAUGGGAACAGCGUCGACGACUGCACCUUUUAUCGAAAAAUGAAAAGCUUCUUCGAGAACUUCGUAAUCUCGACAGUCAAAGAUCUCGAGAAACGCAUAAAAUGGCAGUGAUAUUUGUUGGUCAAGGACAAGAAGAUAAAAAUUCUAUUCUUGGUAACAUCACGGGUAGUAAAGAAUAUGAAAGUUUUGUAGCAAGAUUAGCAUGGGAAGUAGAAUUAGAAACACACACAGGAUUCCUGGGAGGUCUAGUACCUGGUAAAGCGUCUGGGGUUACUGCUCCAUACUUUGCGACAUCAUUUACAGAAAUUUUGUUUCAUGUUGCUACAAGAAUGCCACUAGAUAGUCCUGAAAGUUUAUUACAAAAAACAAGACAUUUAGGAAAUGAUGAAAUCCAUAUAGUUUGGUCAGAACAUUGGAGAGAUUAUCGUCGAGAUAUAAUCCCUACAGAAUUUUGUGACGUUUUAAUAGUUAUUUAUCCUUUGCCAAAUAAAUUAUAUAGAAUCCAAAUAUCUCGAAAGCCAGAAAUACCAUUUUUUGGACCUCUUUUUAAUGAAUGUAUAGUUGAAGAUAAAGCUUUGCCAGGACUCGUCAGAACUACUGCUUUGGCAGCUAGUCGGGCCAAAAGAUCAACACUAUCAUUAUAUCAACACUAUUACGAAGAGCGUGCUCGUUCAAUAGAUAUUGUUAUGAGAAACCAUAAAGAAUCCACAACAUUUGAAGAAUUUACAGCUAAUGUUUAUUCUCCAAUACAACCAACAAGUCCUUUUAGUGGCGCAUCAUCAGUAACAGGUUCUAUAACUAGUGUUCAGUCAAAUGCAUCAUCAAAUCUCGCAGCUGCUCUUCUAGAUUCCCAUCAAGGUCGACCUAGCCUUCGCAGUAGUACCGGAUCCAGUGGUGUAGAUACCCGCACGAAUAGAGCUUCUGAUAAUAGCAGAGUAUGGUUCAGUGCUGAUACACAAGACAGUCCAGCACUUCAUGGUAUAUCACCAAGACCAUUAAAAAAAAUGUCUUUCAAAUCUGGUCCGAAGCAUAGAAACAGCAGUGCUCAACAGCCCACUCCACCAGACAGUCCUAGAUAUAAAUGAAGGUUAAAUUUUGCACUUGAAGCCGUUGUCCAUGGUUGUUUUACUGCAACUUGAUUUUGAUAGAUGAUUAAUCAACCGAGAAAUAAUAUUGGAUUAAAAAAACUGAAACAAAUUUAAAACAAGAGGAAUACUGCUAUAUUUUUGAGCAGAUUUUAAUGACUAAUAUGCAAAUGAUAUUGACCUUGACGUUUUCUAUUUUCCGUCCUUAGAUUUAAUUUUUGUACGAUUAUUUGUACAGACAGUUAGAUAAUUCUGCAUUAGAUGCACGACUUCUUUAAUUUAUUCAUGAGAAAAAAUAACUGCAGAUAAUAUUAAGUAUUUUAUUAAUGUCUUAUUCAGUACUUGAGUAUCAUAAUUAAUGUAAAUUAAUUUUUUUAAUACUAUGACAAACUACUUAUUGAUAUGAUAAUUUAUAAUAAAUCAAUUAAUGAGGCUCCAUGAGUCAUUACCAACGAGCCGAGAAUAAUCAAAGUAUUUGUUAUACUUUUCACAGGACCUAAGUUAUAACGGUUUUUGAGUAUAACUCGUUAACAUUCCUGCAUGUCGUUGAAUAUUUUAAAAAUCGAAUGAAGAAGUUAAUUACUUCCAUUUUUAUCAUACGAACAAUUCAUGUUUAUUAUUUUCAAAUAUCUAUUAAUUAAUUAGUCUGUAUUUAAUAACAAAAAAUAUUAACUACCAAAAUCUUAUAAAUAUCAUGGCCAAAGCAGCAUUAUUUUUUCACUACUUCAUAGCUAAUGAAUAGAUGUUUAAGCAAAAAUAUGAGGAACAAAAGAUAUUUUAAAAAAAUUGUAUGUAUUGUACAUAUAAUAAGUCGUUGUACAAUAGAUUAAGAGUGACAGUGCGUUUAAAAGUUAUAAAAUAAAUCAGUAAACAAUUUUACAAUUAUUGCGAACAAUAAAUAUAUGAUUUUUCAAAGCAUAAUAGAAUUUCAAACGUAUAAUUAAGGAGAUUGGAAAAGAAUUGUAUUUUAUAAAAUACUUGAGAAGAGUAAACGUUGCAUGAUAUCACAACAUGAUUGUACUUACAGUAUCUUGAGAUAUUGAAAUUUAAACAAAUCUUUCAUGAAACUUUUAAGAUUUUCGAAUCUUUUUUGACUAAUUAUAAAUAUAAGCAUUAAUUAUUUUUAUUCAUGAAUAUUAUAUAAAACAAUCUAUUGAAUCAUUAUUAUAUACCU